ACGAUUUUAUUACCUUUUAGUUCAAAAUUCUAUUACGAAAAAAUUAAUUGGUGUGGCAACCUGGCAACACUGCUCGUGUAUACAAAAAUCUUAGGUUAUGUGUACAAUUAUUUCUAUUUCUACUAAUGUUAUUUUAAAAUAUAAACCAAUACAAGUUAUAAGCAAAUAUUGUAAUUUUUAUAAUAUGGCCAAACGAGACUGUGAAGAUGAAACUCCAUCACCUAAAAAACAAAAAACUGGCCAUUGGUCAAUGGGACUUCUAGCUUCAAUGAAUGAUCCUAUGAAUAUAGUGAAAUCUGAUGAUUUGGUUACAGUAAUAAAAGAUGCUUAUCCUAAAGCAGAAUUUCACUAUUUAGUUAUUCCUAAAGACAACAUAAGCAAUUUAAAAGCUUUAAAAAAAGACAAUAUAAGUUUGUUAAAGCAUAUUGAAGAAGUUGGUAGAGAAAUUGCAAAUCUUGAACAACACAAAAAUAGGACUUUUAAUUUUGGGUAUCAUGCAGAAGCUAGCAUGUUUAGGAUACAUUUACACGUAAUUAGUGACGAUAUGAAUUCUUCCCAUUUAAAAACAAAAAAACAUUGGAAUUCAUAUACCACCCCAUUUUUCCUAAAACCGGAAGAUAUCAGAAAGAGUUUAAAAAAAAAUGGUAAGGUGUCGCUGCCUACAUCUCAGCAAUGUAAAGAAUACAUAAAUACUCCACUCAAGUGUCAUAAAUGUGACUUUAUUCCAAAGCAUAUGCCCAACUUGAAAAAACAUAUUUUAACCCAUUUAACAGAUUGAUGUUAUUUUUUAAGAUUCUUUUAAUAAAACAUAUAACUGAAAUA